AUGAGGGAUGAUGCUGCAGAGCUCUCUGGCAGCGCUUUGCUUACGACGACAUCGGCCCCCAGCGCGCCUCACACGCCCUCGUCUGCAACAGUACCCGCGUUGAAGAGCCCCACAACGCGUGCAUGGCUCAGCAGCGUGCGCCGCCCGCGGACUUCCCCCGGGCCUGGAGCAUCAGCCCUGAAGAGGACGCUGCUCGCCGAAGACGAUGACCGCAGAGACUCGGCCUUGGCGUCGUCCAAUUGUACAGCGACAAGCAACGAACUCUCCUCGCCCGCCAGCCUGCGCAGGACCCCCAGCUUACCUGCGAUUGUCGUCCAGGACGAGCAUGUAGUGGGGUCGCGCAGCCAAUCGCCGCGCCAUUCUACCAGUGCAGGUGAAUCGCCCUUCCACGGCAUCGAUCUGGUGAUACCAACCGGCAACUUCGACGACUUCACAUCACCGGCUCAAGUGUCCUUCUCGAAGCGGGGCAGCAUGAUGUUGGGCGGCAGGAAGGCGAACAGGCGGAGCCAGCAAACCAAUCUGCUCCUGGAAGGUGCAUCUGUGCCUACGCCCACACCCAGCACGCCGCCUCGAACAGAAAGGCAAGAGCCGUCAAACGAACAACAACACGCACUAUCACCACCUGCUGCGAUACCGAAUGCGACCCACUUGUCGCCAACGCCGCGCUCACCCUCACGUUUUUCCGCGCGUGGGCGAGCUGGCCACCGGGUGCUGUCCACAGACGAGAUGAUGCUGUCGCGGAAAGUGCGCUCCAUGUACAAACACGGGAAUGAGAGCGACGUCAACUGGGAGACCGACACAAGCAGCUUACCAGACACUUCAGUCGACAACAGCAUCGCUGCCGAGACCCCUGCGAAUGCAUCCACCUUGACCGUAAAUCGCAAACGAGACGACUCUAGUUCUUUAAUGAGUGCGGCCAGAGACGACAACAUCCCCAAAGAACCGACCGAGAGAGCUGGCGGACUUGAGGACUGGGCUGAUCUGGAGGGCGCUGAAGUUGACAGAUAUGGUUUCAUCGUUGCAAAGAAGCCCGGCUCUCGUGAAGGCGCUAACGGAGAGGGGGUGGAUGGACCUGACGAGCCAAGAAUCCAACGAGUCUCGACGGCUCUACAACUCGUGUCAGAGGAGCCACGGCGAAGGGGCAUCGGACGCAGCAUCUCUCGAGCUCCAUCUUCGAGGUCGGCCAAUCCCCGAGGUUCCCCACCCAAGCGGCGUGUCUCGCAGAAGUCGACGAAGCCAACCAGAUCCAUCUUUUCCAACCAGACCUCAGGCACACAAACGUCACAUCACCCACUGCGCCACGCAACGAACAGAUUACCUCAUAACAGAGAACGCCGAAUUUUGGAAGAGGCCAGUGACAUGCUCAAAUUGCCGCCAGGGCUUGCACAGGUCGCCGAGCAGCGAGAAGGCGGUAGAAUGGCCCGAUCGAUGAAGGCGAAGGAGAUACAGAGAGAUGAGAAAUGGCGGAGAAUGGCCAAGGUAGUCAAGACCGGUGGUGCAACACAAGGCGGCGGCAUGCUCUUUGAGUUUGAUACGAAAGACCCAAAGCUUGUCACUCGCACAUGGAAAGGUAUCCCAGACCGUUGGAGAGCAACGGCUUGGUAUUCUUUUCUCGCAGAAAGCGCCAAGAAGAAGCCAGACAGUCCGUCAGAGGAGGACUUGAUCGGGUCGUUCUAUGAGCUCCAGACAGAGAGCUCAGCAGAGGACGUGCAGAUUGAUGUGGAUGUGCCUCGAACCAUCAACAGACACAUUAUGUUUCGAAGGCGGUACCGCGGAGGUCAACGGUUGCUCUUCCGCGUGCUGCACGCCAUGUCUCUAUAUUUGCCGGAAACAGGCUACGUGCAGGGCAUGGCGCCUCUUGCCGCGACAUUACUCUGUUACUAUGAAGAAGACAGGGCGUUCGUGAUGCUGGUUCGUUUGUGGAUGCUUCGAGGCCUCGAGAGACUCUACGAGUCUGGUUUCUCCGGCUUGAUGGAUGCCUUGGACGACUUCGAAAAGAACUGGCUACGUGGCGGAGAUGUCGCCAAAAAGCUGGAUGAAAUGGGCAUCACCUCGACCGCCUGGGGUACUCGAUGGUACCUAACCUUGUUCAACUAUUCUCUGCCGUUCCAGGCCCAGCUGCGUGUCUGGGACGUCUUCAUGCUCUUAGGCGACGCUUCCUACUCCAACUCGUCGACAUCGAAGUUCAGCGGUGACUUGGAUGUGUUGCAUGCGACUUCUGCAGCGCUGAUCAAUGCAACGAGGGAGAUCCUGCUGGAUUCAGACUUUGAGAAUGCCAUGAAGGUGUUGACUUCCUGGAUACCAAUCAAAGACGAGGAUCUUCUCAUGCGCGUGGCAAGGACUGAGUACAAACUGCGAAAGAAACGAGCGAGUGCUUGA